GAGGCAAAUGGUGCAUCCUUCUUUAUAAGUGAAGCAGCAGAUAUUUGUAUUUGUAAAGUUACACUAUACUACCUCGUUCCCCAUGAUGCCAAGCCCCUGUGGUACGACUGCUUUCCCUACCUCACACAUUGACGCAAUGCUGUCGGUGACACCAUCCAGGGUGACCGAUCCGCGACGAACACGUCAGAUAUCGGCCAUGGACCACACCAUCUCGGGAAUAUUCCGGAGUCGUCUUCAUGUGGUUCUUUACUUCAAGAGCGUGUCGGAGGAGGAUUCGGGAUGGUUUUUGGCCGGGUGGGCUAUGGAGUCGCUGGCACGAGCCUUGUCGGAGCAGCAGCCAAUGCUUGCUGGAAGGCUUCGGCGUGGGGUGGACGGUGACGGAGAAUUAGAGAUUGUGUCCAAUGAUAGCGGCGUUAGGCUCGUCCAGGCACACAUUGCAGUGACUUUAUCAAGCUUUCUUGAAUUAUUGAAGGAAAAGGAAGAAGCAGAAGCUCAGCUUGUUUCGUGGAAGGAUAUUGAUGAACAGAGUCUCCAGUUCUCUCCCUUGUUUUACGUUCAGGUGACAAACUUCCAGUGUGGUGGAUACUCAAUUGGGAUUAGCUGUAGCCUUCUUGUGGCAGACCUUUUGGUGAAGGAGAACUUCCUUAAUAGUUGGGCAAUCAUACACAAUAAUAUACUUUCCAGUAUUAAUGGACCCAAAACCCCCCUAUUUUACCUCCCUAAUCUUAAAAUAAAAGGUUCUUCCCCCACCGGCUUAAUUAGCUCUACUCCAAGAAAAAAUUGUGGCCAAACUACGCAUUUUAAGGUCACUGCUGCAACUGCAAAUUUGGACAGUGAAAUGUGCAAGUCACUUGCAUUUCUUUGCAUUGAAGAGACAGAGAGCAAGCUUGGCAGCAAAAUGGAUUCAGAGCUGUAUUUGUUUGUGAAGGAAAAGAGUGAGGUUAUCAAGGUAGAGAAGUGUUCAAAACAUGGUCUUGUUAGGCCCCAAAUGAGCCUCAAGAGUCAACUUACUUGUGCAGAUUGGGAUGAUUUAGGGGCCAGCGACAUAGCGUUUCGUGUAGGGAAUAAGCCGGUUCAUGUUUCGCAUUGGAUCGGGUCGGUUCUUGAAGGACUUGUCAUGGCAAUACCAUCUGCUAGUAAGAAUGCUCUUGGAAUGAAUAUCUUAGUCACAAUUCCAAAUGAGAAGGAAGAGUGGUGCUAGUCUUCACAUUCAUUUCAUACCGAUUGAUGUGACAUAUUUUAAGUGGUUUCUUAUAUCAGUUACUUCAAAAAUAAAAAUAAAAAACCCACUUAAAAUA